UUCAUCGAUAGGCUGGUAGAAGCAAUGCAAACAAAGAGCAGGUGUAAACGGGCUCCAUAAAAACAACAUUAUAACAAUACCAAAUUAAAAAUAAACACAUAGUGAGUCAUUGCACAAAAGAUAAACAGUUGUGUGGUGUUUUCUUGUUUUCUCCAACUAUGACCGCGCACACAUCAAAAGACGCCGAGCCACCGAGCUACGAGGAAGUCAUGCAAGCCACGAUGCCCUCAGCGCCAGACACGCGACUAAUCACUGGCGUCCAUCAUGGUGCACCGACGGCACCAAACAAUAUGGCCAGUUAUGGAGCUUUCGAGACAACGCCAGUUAGCAUUGUGGUGCACCCAUCGCAGCCAGCACAGAUUUUUCUGAUUAACGCGUGUCCAUCGUGCCGCAUUGGAUAUCUGGAAGAUACUUUCUCCCCCUUGGGCCUGUGCUGUGCAAUAUUCUUUUUUCCCCUUGGCAUCCUGUGCUGCCUGGCGAUGCGUGAGAAGCGCUGCAGCAAUUGCGGAGCGACAUUUUAAGCUGUAUUAUGAUAAUGACCUAUAUGAUCUGUGCAAAUUCCCUCAAAACUCAUUCGACUGUUAAUUUUUUUGUAAAAAUCACGACAAAUUUAUGGUAGCGUGUAGCUUGUUAAUCAUUAAAACUAUAUGUAUAUGUAUUAUGUGCACUAUUUAACGACGAUGUCUUAGGGCUCUCUUGUGACGCUACUCUGGUUGCUUCGCCCUAAACAUUUAUUAUUACAUUCCAUUUGUGAUAUCGCC